AUGGCCCUGGAGCUGAGGCCCUGGGGUCCAGGAGCCAGCACUGUGCUGGGCCGGCUGCUGCUGGCACACGCCCUGGGCUAUCAGCUGCCUCCCGCCCGAGUGACCUUGACUCCUGAGAAGCGAGCCGGGCAGCUGGGACAGCGUAUGGCAGCACCUCGGGGCGAGAGGAGCCCAGGACAGGAGCUGGGGGGCUGCGGGGGGCCUUGGGGGACCCUGCGGGGGCCACCCCAAGCCCUACUGCCCUGCCCCUGCCCCUACUCCUGCCCCUGUCCCGUUUUGGCCGGGUACAGCCUCCUGCCACCCCCUCUCAGCCUCGUGACGCCCCUGGUCUCAGCACCCUAUGAGGCGCCGCUGGGGCUGCCCACGGAGCCGGGGCGGGCAAAGGCGGCGGCGACGCGAGAGAGCACCGGGGCACUGAAGGCUUGGCUGGCACGACACCCCAGGAACCCCUACCCCAGCAAGGGGGAGAAGGUGAUGCUGGCUGUGGUCAGCCGCAUGAGCCUCACCCAGGUCUCCACCUGGUUCGCCAAUGCCCGCCGGCGCCUCAAGAAGGAGAAAAAGGCGAACUGGGCCACACACAGCACCUCAGAUGGCGAGGACAGCGAGGGAGAGGGGGUCCCAUCGGGUGCCGUCCCCAUUCCCAGUUCCAGCCCCGUGCAGGAUGGGUGUGGGGACAUCCCCGAGGCGACAACAGGCCCUGGGCAGGACAAGCAGCCCCAGAAACCCAAGAUCUGGAGUGUGGCAGAGAUGCUGGAAUCUUCCCCCAGCAAGAACGGGUGUCGCCCGGGGGUGCCAGUGGUGCUGGAGCAGGUAUAGGGCUGGGACAGUCAUGUCCUGUCCCCAAGGGCGUGACAGGAGAGACAGCCGCGGGACCCAGCAGCUGCCUCGACAAGGAGAGCGGGAGAUGCGGGUGGGAGGGACACAAAACAGCA